GACAGGAUCACCCUCACUACACAGAGAACGCGUCUUAAGAGCAAGUAUCCUUGUGUGUAAAAGCUCAACGAUUGCAGUAUCUGAAGCCGCUGCGAUGGGAAUCAGAAGGCUCAUCGUCACUCGACUUGUUCAAUUCGCGAUCAUCUACUGCGCUCCGACGCGAUGUGAAGCGAGAUCGGGGGAGGGGUUGAAUUCGGCAGGGCUUUGGGAGAGAAUGACGGGUUAUAUGGGGCAACCAUGUAGGUAUCAGCUGAGGUUUGUAUGAUCCGAAAUCACUUUGACACCUCUAGGCGUGUUCUACCCGAUCAUCACCUGGGCCAUCAUUUUCACGUUCACGGCCCUCCUGCUUCUAUCACUAGGUUUCGGCUCUAUGGGAGUUGUCGCAGGCUCAACAGCUGCGGCUUUCCAGUCUUGGAUGUACGGAGGCUUCACUCCCGCAGCGGGUGUUUUUGCGACUUUGACGAGUCUGGGCAUGCUAGGUUUAGCAAACCCAGUUUUUGCACUGAUAUCGGCAUUCGUUGCCACACUGGGGGCAUUGCUAACGUGGGACCUACAAGGAUGUACCUUCCGCAGCUGAGCAUCAAGGUUAUCUUCUCACUGCGAACGCCAAGAAUGUGGGUCUGAAGAAUCCUGGUGUUUGGUGUCGGAGCGUGCAAGGGGUCCUACACGAAGCUCGCCCAUCUGACGUGGUAUGCUAUGUGACCAUCAAGAACGCAAACUGGUAGAGAUCAUUACAGUUCAGGGAGAUGAAACCACGCCGAUGAACGAGACUGCAGUUCGGAACCCUUGGCAUACGAGAAUAGGCCAUGCUUUUGAAAAAAAA